AUGGCGACGACGCGGGGUGCGUACCGUGGGCGGUUGCGCAUGAUCAAGCUGGGCGACUACCAGCUCUUGCAGACCAUUGGCACUGGCGCCUUCUCCAAGGUCAAGCAAGCCGUCCACCUGCCCUCUGAAGUCGACGUUGCGAUGAAGAUUAUCAGCAAGAAGAAAAUUGACAGCUCAUCCAUGGACAAGCUCAGGCGCGAGAUGCACAUCAUUCGGGAGCUGCGGCAUCCAAACAUCAUCCGAUUGUUUCACGUUAUGGAGACCGAGGAAGAGCUCAUCCUCGUCACCGAGUUUGCCAAGAAUGGCGAGAUUUACGACCACAUUGUCGAGACUGGAAAACUCACAGAGACGGCUGCACGGAAAAAGUUUACUCAACUCGCAUCUGCGGUCGAGUACUGUCACGGACAAGGCAUAGUGCAUCGCGAUCUCAAGGUCGAGAACAUGCUCCUUGACGACGAUUUUAAUGUUAAGCUCGUUGAUUUUGGCUUGAGCAACUUUUACUCUCGCGGAAAGUUCUUGUCAACAUUUUGUGGGAGCCCUCCGUAUGCGGCGCCAGAGCUGUAUCAACGGCAGCCAUAUGAAGGGCCAGAGGUCGAUAUUUGGAGUCUUGGCGUCAUCUUGUACGUGCUCGUGACUGGAGAACUACCAUUCGACUCCACCGACCAGGAGGAGCUUAAGCAGAACAUCUUGCAGGCCAAGUACGCGGCUCCAGAAGGCGUCGAUCCUGCUUGCGUUGAAUUGAUCGGCAUGAUGCUGCAACCGGAUCGCGCGCUGCGAUGUACCAUGGCCGAUAUUCGAGCCCACAGGUGGAUGAACAACAAGGAGGAGGAUUUUUACGCAGAAAUAGAGGCGGCUGCCUGGGCGGACGAAGACGACGAAAUGUGCGCCUUUGCGCUCCGAAUACUGACCCAAGUGGGGUAUUCUGAGCCAAUCAUCAUCAACUCGCUCGUCAUCAACUGCUUGGACGACAUUUGUGCAUCGUACAACUUUAUUCUGGAGCGCCUUCGGCGAAUGGACGUGGAAGAAUGGCCUGCGUUUGAGGAGUCGUACAUUCGUUUGUUUCAGCUGGAACCCGAUGCGUCAAAGAAUCUUCCUCUCGACCCGUCAUCCAACCCUGGGUCUGCUGCCACCACACCCCAGAAGCCAGCGCCUCCUUCGCCAUUUCGUCCGGCGCAGGCGUCCGGAUCCAACCCGUCGCUGCUCGAGUCUCUUCGGGCCCUCAGCAGCG